UCGCCAGUUACCGGCAGUUAGUUUGACAUUUGACGUAUUGACACGUAUUUAUGUUCUACAUUUCAAUAAUUUCAUUAAAUUGUGCAAGUGAAAUAUAAAUUAAUCUUGUAUAAGUAAAAAAAAAUCCAUCAACAUGACUGCUGUAGAACAGCCCUGUUACACUUUAAUUAAUUUACCCACCGAUUCGGAGCCUUACAAUGAAAUGCAGCUUAAGCAGGAUUUAGAAAAAGGAGAAAUUAAGCAAAAGGUUGAAGCCCUCAAGAAAAUUAUACACAUGAUUUUGGCAGGUGAAAGAUUACCCCCAGGCUUUUUAAUGUUAAUAAUAAGGUAUGUUUUACCACUGCAAGACCAUUUAGCCAAAAAGUUGUUACUUAUAUUUUGGGAAAUUGUUCCCAAAACUACACAAGAUGGAAAAUUAUUACAAGAAAUGAUAUUGGUUUGUGAUGCUUACCGUAAGGAUUUACAACAUCCCAAUGAAUUUUUACGCGGUUCUACAUUAAGAUUUUUGUGUAAAUUAAAAGAACCUGAGCUUUUGGAACCCCUAAUGCCAUCCAUACGUUCUUGCUUGGAGCAUAGACAUUCUUAUGUACGUAGAAAUGCUGUACUUGCUAUUUUCACUAUUUACAGAAACUUUGAAUUCUUAAUUCCUGAUGCACCUGAGUUAAUAUCAACUUACUUGGAAGGUGAACAUGAUAUGUCUUGUAAACGUAAUGCUUUCCUAAUGUUGUUACAUGCUGAUCAGGAUAGAGCUCUAUCGUACUUGGCUAAUUGUUUGGAUCAAGUAAAUACUUUUGGGGAUAUUUUGCAGUUGGUUAUAGUGGAGUUGAUUUAUAAGGUUUGCCAUUCAAAUCCUGCAGAAAGAUCAAGAUUUAUUAGGUGUAUUUAUAAUUUGUUGAAUUCAAGUAGCCCUGCCGUAAGAUAUGAGGCUGCAGGUACUUUGGUUACCUUGUCAAAUGCUCCCACUGCAAUUAAAGCUGCUGCGAGUUGUUACAUUGAAUUGAUUAUUAAGGAAAGUGAUAAUAAUGUUAAACUAAUUGUUUUGGAUCGAUUGAUUGCUCUAAAAGAACAUCCAAGUCAUGAAAGAGUUCUACAAGAUCUAGUGAUGGACAUUCUGAGAGUUCUAUCAAGCCCUGACUUGGAGGUUAGAAAAAAAAACGUUAAAUUUAGCUUUGGAUUUGAGCAUGAGGAUACAGGAAAGUACCGACAACUUUUGGUCAGGACUUUACAUACAUGCUCCAUUAAGUUUCCUGAUAUUGCUGCCACUGUAAUACCAGUAUUGGUGGAAUUCUUGUCUGACACAAAUGAGUUAGCUGCCACUGAUGUUUUGGUGUUUGUAAGAGAGGCUAUACAGAAGUUUGAUAAUCUACAACCACUUAUUAUUGAGAAACUUUUGGAAUGCUUCCGCGACAUAAAAUCCGUAAAAGUUCACAGGGCGGCCUUGUGGAUUUUGGGAGAGUAUGCUACUGAAGUGAACGAUAUUGAGUCCGUUCUUAAAGAAAUUAAUUCGGCUCUUGGUGAAGGUCCUCUUCUGGAGGCAGAACAACGAAAAGAUAAAGAAGUUAAGAGGCCACCACUAAGACAGUACCUAAUGGACGGUGAUUUCUUUAUUGGAGCUGCUUUGGCCUCAACCCUAACCAAACUGGCUCUAAGAUAUGCAAAAUUGAAUGAGCAUCUAAAAGCAAACAGGUUUGAUGCCGAAAUUAUGUUAAUUAUGGCAGGAAUUAUACAUUUGGGAAAGUCAGGCUUGCCUACAAAACCAAUCACCAACGACGACAAAGACCAUAUUCUAUUUUGUCUUCGCGUUAUAUCGGACCGUAGUCCCACCAUCAUCGAAGUAUUCGUGCAAUUGUGUCGUAACGCGCUAAACGAUAUGCUCAUCGCUAAAGAGAUUGAAGAAGCCUCGACUCAAAAAGCUAAAGAAAAAGCCGGUAACUUGAUCCAAACCGAUGAUCCAAUUAAUUUCAUGCAAUUAGAAAGUGAUAGAUCAGGGGAAUUGGGCGAAAACGUUUUCGAGAUGUCGUUGAAUCAGGCCGUAAUAGGCGGCCGUGGUCAGGGUCAAGAUUCUAAUACAGGGGUAAAUAAGUUGAAUAAGGUAACACAAUUGACCGGUUUUUCGGAUCCAGUUUACGCAGAAGCAUACGUACACGUAAACCAAUACGAUAUAGUUCUGGAUGUACUUAUUGUUAACCAAACAAACGAUACCCUACAAAAUUGCACCCUAGAAUUAGCAACACUGGGCGACUUAAAACUUGUCGAAAAACCUCAACCCGUAGUACUUGCACCUCGCGACUUCUGCAAUAUUAAAGCUAACGUAAAAGUGGCCUCAACCGAAAAUGGUAUUAUAUUCGGUAAUAUCGUUUACGAUGUGACCGGUGCCGCUUCAGAUCGCAAUGUUGUUGUUCUCAACGACAUUCAUAUCGAUAUUAUGGACUACAUUGUACCAGCUUCUUGCAACGAUUCUGAAUUCAUGAGGAUGUGGGCGGAAUUCGAAUGGGAAAACAAAGUAACCGUUAACACCCCCAUUACGGACCUUGCGGAAUAUCUUAAACAUCUCAUUAAAAGUACCAAUAUGAAAUGCUUGACUCCGGAAAAGGCUUUGUCCGGUCAGUGUGGAUUUAUGGCGGCCAACAUGUAUGCUAAAUCUAUUUUUGGAGAGGAUGCUUUGGCUAAUUUAAGUAUUGAGAAGCCUUUUAAUAAGCCUGAUGCCCCAGUGGCUGGACAUAUUCGUAUAAGAGCUAAGAGUCAGGGAAUGGCUUUAAGUCUUGGAGAUAAGAUCAAUAUGACCCAAAAAGGUCUGCACAACAGCAAAGUAACCGCGGGUUAAGUUAGAUAUAAGUCAAUUUUAAUUACACACAUAUUUGCUUUAUUUUAACCAUAAUUUUAUUAUACUAUACUAAGGAAAUAUGUAUCUAUUUUCUAAGCUGAAAUAAAUUUACCAAUGUUAAAUUACUUUUUAUUUUUUUAUUUUUCCUUAACACUAAUUGAACAUAUAAAUAAAACACCAAAAUAAUAUAAUGAUAGUUUUUUAUGAUUACAAAUACAACUUUAUUAUAUAAUUACAAAUUAAACAACAUUUCUUGUGGAGUGGAAAACAAAAAAUGAAUAUUAAUAUCAUGCCCAAAGGGUAAAACGAUGUUAUUCAUUAUGCUUUAGCUAUUGAUAUCUAUUCUUCUUCCUCCUCAUCAUCGUCAUCUUCCUCUUCAUCGACCUCAACCUCUUCUUCUUCCUCUUCCUCUUCUGGUUCAGGUUCAAAGACUGGUUCCUUGAUGUCAUCAUCGUCAUCUACGGCCUGUUUGCCCUCUUCCUCGCCUUCGGGGGUUUCUGGGUCGCCGGGCUUUUUGCCUGGUCUUUCACCGAACCACUUGGGUAACCUGGCCUUUUGCCUGGAAUCGAAUUGUCCAA